CUUUGUUUUCAAUUUGGUUUCAUGCAUGCUUCACGUUGAGCCCACCAUUCGAGUCCAUCUAUUGUCAGUUCUGCUCUAUUGAACCCUCUGGCGUCACACUCGUUCCCAGCGUUGCAAUAUGAUCACCUGGCUCCAUGUUGCCAUUUUUGCUUGGUUAUUUCGCUACAUCCGUUUGAUUGUCAACUGUAUCUCACAUUGGACGUUUCGACCGAUCCCCAUCCCGGACGAGCCGUCAUAUUCCUCACAAGAUGUCACCAUCAUUCUGCCAACCAUUGCCACAGGGGGAGAUGAAUUGGCGAGGACGCUACGCAGCUGCGUUCAGUCCGAUCCUCACGAGAUUCUCCUGGUGACGGUAGACGCGAACGUGGAAAGGCUCAGCCAGCUGGCAAAUCAGAUCUCUCGCAAGAAGAUCCGCAUUCUGAGUGUUGGGAAAGCCAACAAACGGAGGCAGAUGUGCCGUGCCAUCCCCGAGGUGACCACACGCAUCACCAUCUUCGUUGAUGAUGAUGUUAUUUGGCCAACCAAGGUGUUGCCGUGGAUCCUGGCACCUUUCGAGGAUGAUCGAAUGGGUGGAGUCGGGACUUCACAGCGAUUGCGAAGGCCUGAGGGAUCUCCGACGAUUCUCAAGAAUGUAUGGAGCUUCCUCGGAGCUGCUUACCUGGAGCGACGCAAUUUCGACUGUUCAGCCUGUCUGCACAUCGACGGUGGCCUGCCAUGUCUUUCUGGUCGCACAGUGGCCUAUCGGAGCUGCAUUCUGCAGGACCCUGCCUUCACGCACGGUUUCGCAAAUGAAGUCUGGCGGUCAUGCCAGCUCAACGCCGAUGAUGAUAAUUUCAUCACGCGCUGGGUGUACUCGCACAAAUGGAAGAUUACCAUGCAGUACCACCGCGAAGCCGAGGUUUUGACAACACUGGAAGACAGCCCAAAAUACCUCAGCCAAUGCUUGCGCUGGGUGCGAAGCAAUUGGCGGAGCAAUCUGACGAGCAUGUUCGUGGAACGACAUUACUGGUGGACGCAACCUUGGAGCACGUACUCUGUGCUGCAGACCACCAUUACCGCCUGGGCCUUUGUAUACGAUGUGUUUGUUUUCAGCGCCUGGUAUCAGGCAUCGACAUCCUGGCCGCACGAAAAUCGGGUCCAGCUGUGGGUAUUUUUGUUCACGUGGACUUUCGUCUUCAGUAAGACCGUCAAGCUGUGGGGACAUUUCUUGCGAUACCCUGUGGACGUUGUUUUUAUUCCUGUUUAUAUCUCGUUCGGAUAUUUUCAUGGCCUGAUCAAAUUAUAUGGUCUCUUCACAUUGAGCGAGACCACAUGGGGCAGCAGAGCUGGCGCCGAUGAAGACGAUCGAAUGCGUAUGAUUCGAUUGCCGCGUUACGGCAGCGCUGUGCCUGACGGAGGCAAAUCCGAAAUGUUCGACUACGCGCAGGAUUCGCCGGCUCUGGAUGACGACCAGCUCCCUGCUUACGACCUUCACGAUCAACGCUGAUGAUGACGAUACGACUGCUUUGCUUUCACACACUUUUUUUCCCUUCUACAACGUCACGAUUGACGACACUCUUGAUCCCGAUUCAUAUCAUGCUUCUGGAAUGACACCCACCAAGCGAUAUGUUCCUCACAUCGGGAAUCACUUGCACUCUUGGUUGAUCACUUUAUCAUCGACAAUGACCAUCGUGCUUCUCGUUCGAGACCAUCUUUUCACCUGGUGGCAUGCCAUGCAGUUCUACUCACGGCUGGGCCAAUCGCCUGCCGCGUUGAUCUCCUACA